AUGAGUCCAGAGAACAAACGUGGAACAUUAUUUUUUAGGGAGCUCAUACAAUCAGCGUCAACCCUGAACUCCACACAGAAUUCUACGAAGCACAGAACAUGCUCAGCGGCAGUUCACAUUGCGCCACCAUUUCAUGGCUUUUUCAUGCUUACAAGGGUCGAUGAGUCUCAGAGAUUACUAUGGACAUGGGUAUUAAUUUUUGUUUUGACGGUAGGUUCAUACUUUAUGUAUGAGGUAUUAGAUGACUACAUUGGCUAUCCAACAACUACGAGACUAACCGUACGACAGAAUGCCACCAUGUUGUUACCUAGUAUUCAUGUGUGCCCAAAAAAUCCGUAUCAUCUCAACUACAACAUUAUUUUCCAAGAUAUCGAUCAACGACUCGGGAAUUUGAGUUUCGAUGUGAAACGCGACAUUCUGCUAUACUUCGUCGCUGGUUCGGGUUUCGCAGGCACAAACGUCUACAAAUGGGGCGGCGACUACCGUAGAUCAAUGCAAAGAUUGCUGGAUAGAUGGAUAGGCGAGCGAUCCUUACUCACCAUGUUCCGAUAUGUUUUUGAGGAGAAUGGGAUUCGAUGUGAAGAUAUGUUCGACCACUGUAUGCCGAUACAUUGCUGCAGGUAUUUCAAGCCAAGUUAUGUGAUGCUACGUGGAAGAUGUAUGCGAAUGGAUAAUUACUAUCAACAAGGAGGUGGCGAGUCACAUGCACUACGUCUCGUCUUUAAACGGAAUCCAGGAAUAUUGACUAAAGGUGAUGCACAGAAACAGGUGAUCGUGUAUUUCGGAGAUGAAUGGCCCGAAAUUGGUGUAUUCCCUCGAGUUCAUAUCACUGAAAAUGACUACGGUGUGGUGAAUUUCAAACUGAGAAAAGUGUCAAUGAUGGAACAAAAGGGUGGUUGUGAGGUUAAUCAACUUAAAGAAGGACGUUCCACUUGCUACGUGAAUCGUUGGCUUCAGGAAUACAUUAUCGAACCACUCAACUGUACCCUUCCUUACUUGCGAGACGUAGAAGCGUCUCGAGGAUACCCUAUCUGCAGUCCGCAUAUUAUUAUCGAACAUUAUAAUGUGAUCCAAUCGUCAAGAUCCCUCAAAAAGAAGUGUAUCCUGAACUGUGAUCGCUGGGAUCUCAAUUUUCAAUACUCUACAAACGUACAAAGACAAAAAAAGGCAUUCCGAAUGGAUUUAUAUUAUAAAGAACUCAGCUACGAAGAAUACAUAGAAAUCCCCUUCCUUUCGAUGCCUGGAUUCAUCUCUCAGAUCGGCGGGCAACUCGGGCUUUUUUUCGGCAGCUCUAUGCUCUAUACCGUAUUUGUUACCGUACUCUUGAUCACUUCAUCUUUUGAGGCUUUAUUGCUGCCACCGAUAGAAUGCGGCGACAUGGCGUCAAGACACGAAAUCCGCACCAUAUCAGCUGUGGAUCGCGCUCGUCUGCUCGCCGAGUAUAAACACGAACGGCGAUUGCUUGGUCCACGACGAUUUGCCAGCGCGAUAGCCACCGUACAACUAUGCGAAAUCGUGAAACGCAUUGACAACGCUUUAGCGCCUAAACGUAUGCCAUAUUGGGACGUAAGAUGGGACCUACGAUUACCAUGGCCAGCGGAUUCUGUGGUGUUUGGCGAGAAUUUUUUUCCAAGAAGAGGAAGACGUCGUGCUAAGGAGAAGAUCGUUAGGGAAAUAGUCCCUCGCGGUCUCACAUCGCAUUUUCGUCGUAUGGCCGUUAACGAGACGUUGACCUCAGCAAUUCGCGCUAGUCGCGCAGCACAACUGCUUAUUAUGCUCUAUCAACUUGGGCAAUGGAAACAAACGGAAGACAACUGUUCCCAUUGUUCUCGAAGUUCUCCGAUGGCAUUUUGUGAACUUCAUCAGCGGAAAUGCAUCAGUCGAGUGAUGCCAACAGCUAGCUGUUCAACAUUCUCCAACGAUUAUGAUCCAUGUUAUGCAUCAAAAUGUUUGGAAGGCGUUUGCGUAUCAUUAUCGGAAGCACACGAGAGAUUGACGGAAGAAAAAAAGAAGAAAAAAAUUGCAGAGCGAGCUAUUCCCAUGACAAUUAGCGCUAGCGUAGAGAAAACAAGCACUGUGCCAAUAGAUGAUGUGGUAUUUCUUCUGAACAUCGGCGAUAAGGAACAGUUGUCCCUCAACGACAACCGGACGCUAGUAGAUAGUAACUCCACACAGAUUUUUGAGCAAUCCGCUUUGACGGACGCUUUCAACACCACAACUGAAGAACAAAAGGCACCGAUGACCGCUUCCGGACGAAAAGCAUUCUCCCAAGAUCAGAUCUCAAUCACCUCCUCAAUGACAGCUGCCCCAGGGCCGGCAUUGAAUUCAACAUUAACUCCACUCACGACUCCUCAUUCGGACAAUCCUCACUUCGAUCGUGAACUCAAUACAUGGGUCUACUCUUUCGACGACUUCCUACCGUAUCCAUCAGUGUACUUCUCGGUGAUGGUGAUCGCAGGCAAGUAUCGGCCACGUCCCCCUUCACAACGCAGCCCCGCCGGGGUCACAGUGUUCAGUCGAGGCGAGAACCUCCCCAGCGGAUAUACACAUAUUGUUAAGGCGUUCCCAUUCGACAAUGGUCAUGUGAUUCGGAUCCUGGACCCAGCAGCUAGUGACGUUUUAGUGGAAUUCUCUUUCAUAGUGUUGAAAGAUGGUCAUGAAUGCCAAAGGUUAUGCUUGUAUAGGAGGCGUUACAUUGAAUGCAGACGAAAUACCGUACGACUCAGCAAAUACUCAGCACUUAGCGACCGAGUGGACUUCUACAAGACAACUCGUCAAGUUAUUGACCGUCGAUGGAAAGGAGCUGGCUACUUUCGGCGCCGUACACAAGACGCUUUCAUUUUUAUAUGUCCGUCUGACUAA